CUGGCAGCUCCACUUGCGCGUGCGCGUUCUCUUUUAGGCCUGGCUCUAAUGGAAAGAUGCUUUGUCCCGCUAGCUGGGAGCGGUUGCGAGUGUAGGCUGGGGGUUUCAGCCGUCUUCAAAAGGCCUUGAGCAUGUGUCUGUAGGACUGGUACUUAGCUCCUCAAGCUGAUUUCAUCCUAUCUCUGUUUCCUAGCAGUCUCUAGUCCUCAAGGGCACAGCCUGAGGCUGAGAGAGGACUUCUUAUGGUUCUAACUGAGAUUAGAACCUCAGAGAACUCUCACGGGAAGAGUUACUUCCAUUGAGCCUGCACAUCCUGGCUCCACAGAUCAGACCAGAUUCUUCAGAAAUCAGAAUUGGAAUGGAGAAAAAAAUAGAAAGGAGUUGGAUGAGAGAGCCUCCAGGGAGCCAGGAUUCUCUUCAGGAAAAAGCAUGCUGCUCCCCAGACCCUCUCUUUAGAAAAAUAGAGCCACAAGAAGGAGAAAAUCCAGAAGCUACUGGUGCUGAAGUAGUUUCUAUCCAAGGAGAUCAGAACUUCAUUGUUGCCAAGAAACUAGAGGAAUAUCAAAGAAGGAUGACUAUGGCAGAUAAGACUCAUAUUCUUCAGAAAAGAGCUCCAUGGUCUCUGAAACCCUCCCUUCCUCAAAAGUGGAUCACAGAAGAGGAGGCAGUGGCUUCCAGAUCUGUCCUUUCCUGGGAAGCAGUGACAUUCAAGGAGGUGACUGUGGACUUCACCCGGGAGGAGUGGGAACACCUGGACCCUCUUCAGAGGGAUCUCUACAGGGAUGUGAUGUUGGAGAACUAUAGGAACCUGGUCUCCCUAGGACUUAUGGAUUCGAAACCAGUAAUGAUCUCCUGGUUGGAGGAUUGGGAAGAGCUGCAACAAGGAAAUGAAAAAGAAAUUAUCUUAACUGGCAUCAAUCCAGACUGGGAGUCUAAAUACCAGACCCAAAAGUCAUCUCCAAAGCAGGACUUCACCGAAGAAGUUGAUCAUCCAGAGAGAUUAGUGGAGUUGCUCACCAGAGAAGUUGUUCACACAGGUUGCAUGUUUGGAAAAGCUCCUAAACAGGGGAGCAGGUUUUUGAGCCAAAGAGAAAACCUUGCAGAUGAAACUCCAAAGAAUUAUGACAGCCAAGAAAUUGAUUUCCUACAAGUGAUAGUCUCUAACAAAAAAAACUUUGCUAUACAUAAAAACCAUAAUGAAUUUGACAAAACUUUCAAUCAGGGCAGCUGCAAACAGAUAAAAAAUUGGAAUUGUAGUGAAUGUGAGAAUAUAUUUAGUUAUCACCCAACCCUUACUCAAACUCAGACACUAAAUGGAAAAGAGAAACCCUGUCAAUAUGAGGAAUGUGGGAGAGCCUUCAAUAUUAAUGUAGAGCUUGGUGAACAUAAUCAAAUACACACUGGACAGAAACCUUAUGAAUACAAUGAUUAUGAGAAGGAUUCUAGCCACAGCUCAUUUCAUAUAAAAUCACGGGGAAUAAACAUUGGAGAGAAAUCCUGUGAACAUAGAAAAUAUGGGAAAGCAUUCAAUCAGAGAGCAGACUUUGUAUAUCAGGGAAUUCAUACUGGAGAGAAACCCCAUGAAUGUCAUAAAUGUUGGUAUUCCUUCAGUCAGAGGUCUAGUCUUAUUCACCACCAGAAAAUUAAUUCUAGAGGGAACCCGUAUAAAUGUAAUGAAUGUGGAAAAGUCUUCAGUACUGGUGGAAGCCUCAUUGAACAUCACCAAAUGCAUUCUGGAGAGAAACCUUAUAAAUGCAGUGAAUGUGGGAAAGCUUUUAGCUACAAACCAUAUCUUAUUCAACAUCAAAAAAUUCAUACAGGUGAGAAACCUCAUAAAUGUAAUGAAUGUGGGAAGACCUUCAGGACCCGAACACAACUUAAUCGACAUGAAAGAUUUCAUACUGGAGAAAAACCCUAUGAAUGCAGAGAAUGUGGGAAGGCCUUGAGUGAUAGCUCAUCUCUGAUUGAACAUCAAAGAAUUCAUACUGGGGAGAAACCAUAUAAAUGUACAGAUUGUGGAAAGUCUUUCAGUAAGAGAGCCCGUCUUACUCCACAUCAGAGAAUUCAUACUGGUGAAAAACCCUAUGAAUGCAAUGAAUGUGAAAAAGCCUUUCGAGAUAGCUCAUCUCUUAUUAACCAUCAGCGAAUUCAUACUGGAGAGAAGCCCUAUGAAUGUAAGGAAUGUAGGAAAGCCUUCAGUCGGAAAACAAACCUUACUGUUCAUGAGCGAAUUCAUACUGGAGAGAGACCCUAUGAAUGCCAUGAAUGUGGGAAGACAUUCAGUCAGAGGUCUAGCCUUAUUCACCAUCAGGUAAUUCACCAUGGAGAGAAUGGCUACAAAUGCAAUGAAUGUGGAAAAGCCUUCAGUAUUGAAGCACACCUGAUUGAACACUGCCGAAUGCAUACUGGAGAAAAACCCUAUGAAUGCCAUGAAUGUGGGAAAACUUUCAGCCGAAGUUCAUCACUUACUCAACAUCAGAGAAUUCAUACUGGACAAAAACCCUAUAAAUGUACAGAAUGUGGGAAGGCCUUCUGUAGGCGCACACAUCUUACUCAACAUCAAAGAAUUCAUACUGGAGAGAAGCCUUAUGAAUGUAGCAAAUGUGAGAAAUCCUUCAGUGACCGAUCAUCCCUUAGUCAACAUCAGAGAAUUCAUACUGGAGAAAAACCCUAUGAAUGUAAGGAGUGUGGAAAGGCCUUCAGUCAGAGAACACAGCUUAAGAAACACCAGAGAAUUCACACCGGAGAGAAGCCCUAUGAAUGUCAUGAAUGUAGAAAAACCUUCAUUCAGAAAUCUGGUCUGUCUUACCACCAGAGAAUGCAGUCUGAAGGGAACAACUAUAUCUGUAAUGAAUGUGGGAAAGCCUUUAGUAGGAAUUCUUGCCUUAUUUAUCAUCAGUUUAUUCAUGAUAGGAAUAAACUUUAUGAAUGUAAAGUAUGUGGGAAGAUCUUCUCUCAAAACUCAUCUCUUAUGGAGCAUCAGUUCAUUCACAUGGGAAAGAAAUCUUUUGUAUGCAAUGAGUGUGGAAAAUCCUUCUUUUUGAGCAAAAGCCUUAAAAGACAUGAGAGAAUUCACAUGGGAAAAGAAAUCUCAUGAAUGUGAUGCAUGUAGAAAAUGUUUAGUUAUGCAUAGUCCCUUUUAAAAAGAGAAUAAAAGGUGAAAAAAUACUUCCAGUGCAGUGGAUAUGGAUAGUUCUGUUAUAAUUUAAUGGGUUUCAGUAGGAAGAAAACUGGAUAUGGAGUUAGAAGACCUGGGUUUAUGCCCAGACGUCAACAUUCUUUCACUAUGUGAUCUCAGGAAGCCUGCUUCAUUGCUCUUGUGCCUUGGGGUUAUAUUGGAAAAAAAAGAGGUCUGUCAGAUUGAGACUCAGUUCAAUGAAUGUGUCCAAAUAUGUAAAUAUAGAUAUAUCUAAUAUAUAUGUAUAUAUAGUUAUAUUCUUUAAACUUUGAGAAUGCAAAGAUGACAGGCACCUUACUGUCAAAGAACUCACAAUCAAAUGGAUUGAGGGAUAAGCCAAACGCAUGUAACAGUGAUGUAAGAUGGAAUAAGUGCAAAGGAGAGCUACAUGUGAAGUGCUAUGGGAAAUUUAAGGUGAAAUGAGAGAAUAUUUUAUUUCUGAGGUUUAAGGCAAGCUUUUAUGUAAGAUCAAGAAGGUAGAAUGGAGUUGGACCUUGAUGGAAGCAAAAGGACUUCAGUAACUGAAGGUAAACCAAGGGGCCAUUUGUAGAUACUAGAGAAGACUGACAAAGAAGAGGCUAGGAUGAGAAUAGAGAACCAUGAGUAAUCUUUAUUUGGCUGAAUCAUGUAAUAUCUGAAGGAGAAUAUUGUGACACAAUGUUUCAGCUUUACUCACUAGGCAAUGGAUAACACCUGAAGGUUUCUGAGUAGAAUAGUAAGAGAAAUCCAUUAAGAUUAGAGGAUUGUAGAGUUAGAGCUGAAAGGGAUCAUAGAAUCCAACAAAUCUAAUCCUUUUUAUUUUGUAGGUGAGGAAACUAGGAUCCAAAAUGUCUUGCUCAGGGUCACACAUCAAGCAAAUAUCUAGUGAGGAGUAGUGAGGAGGAAGAGAUUAUAACCUAAUGUUGGCAGAGAGAAUGGAUGAGAGAGUUGUUGGGAGUAUAAAACCUACUUCACUAGACAACAGGUUAGAUAUAGGCAGUAAAGGAGAAGAAAGAGAAAAGAUGCCCCCAAGAAUGACCAAAAAGAAGAUAGUUAUUUUAAAAAAGGAUUCCUAAGGGGACAGUUUUACAGGUAAGAUAAUGAAUUCAGUUUGGGACAUGUUGAGUUUGAAGCACAAGUAGGAUAUAUGGGUAGAAAUACCAAUAAUUUCCCACUUUCAUGACACAGUGAUGUAGAUUGAUUUUUGACUGAGAAUUCAGGAAAACCUAGAUUCAAAUUCCACCUGUGACAAACUAUUGGUGUAAAUAAAAUAAGUUACUCAACA